GAGGUUAGGUACGGUGCGGGUUGCCCUGAAGCACUUCAGCACUUUAGCAAGUGCUAGGGACUAGGUAGGCUGAUAGGUACCAUUGUACCUACCUCUUAGGUUAGGUACUUCUAUUGAACCUGAACUCUGACGCGCAAACCCGCGAUGCCUAGCAAUCAACUGUACCUAGCUCCCCACACACAGCUCAAGGUUCCUGUAGCCUCAUCCAUCUAAUCCACCCAUACCAGCUUUACACCACCAUCACUACCACCGACGACACCACCAACACCACCGUGGAUUUUCUAGUAAUUCCCUCUCACAUCGACCUUUCCCAUAUCGCCUUUCAAUCAUGGCCGACCGUUAUUCCUUUUCCUUAACGACUUUCUCCCCAAGCGGGAAACUAGUCCAGAUUGGUAUGCUAUAUAUCCUACACGGCGCAUGUUCACGGGUGCUUGGACUCCGAAAGUAUGCUCUGAACGCAGUUAACCAAGGUGUCACGGCCCUGGGCAUCAAAGCGACAAAUGGCAUCGUCCUAGCGACCGAGAAGAAAUCCUCUUCGCCUCUUGCCGACCCCUCCUCCUUGUCCAAGGUCAGCUUAAUCACUCCCAACAUCGGCAUGGUCUACUCGGGCAUGGGCCCGGAUUACAGAGUGCUGGUAGACAAGGCACGCAAAGUUUCCCACACCGGAUAUAAGAGAAUUUACAACGAGUACCCUCCCACCAGAAUAUUAGUGCAGGACGUUGCGCGAGUGAUGCAAGAAGCUACGCAGUCUGGUGGUGUUCGACCAUACGGUGUCAGUCUGCUCAUUGCCGGAUGGGAUGAGGGUAUUCUACCCGACGAGGAGUCUGCCGUCGAAGGCGAAUUUGAAGGCGAGAAGAAGCCUUCGGGAAAGACCGGCGGAAUUCUAAAGGGCGGCCCCAUGCUUUACCAGGUUGAUCCCUCUGGAAGUUAUUUCCCUUGGAAGGCCACUGCCAUCGGCAAGAGCGCAACGACGGCCAAGACGUUCUUGGAGAAGAGAUACACAGAAGGUCUAGAGUUGGAAGAUGCUGUACACAUUGCGCUUCUAACUUUGAAAGAAACCAUCGAGGGCGAGAUGAACGGAGAGACCAUCGAGAUAGGUAUCGUUGGACCUCCCGCUGAUCACCUACUCGGAGUGGAGGGUGUUCAUGGCGCAACUGGUCCACGUUUCAGGAAGCUCACCCCGCAAGAAAUUGAGGACUACCUAACAAAUCUGUGAGCACCAUCAUUUCUGGAAUUGGCAGGAGUUUGCGUGUAUCAUAGAGCAGCAUAGAGAGUCCAAUUAUGGCAGAGUCAAGGGAUUCAAUACUUAGCCAAUAUGAAUGAGGUGCUU